AGUAGUUUUUUUUACUAGAUAUUUUCUUACUUUUAAGUCAUUUAAAUGACUACUUUUACCUCUACUAGAGUAAUCAUUAUUUUAAAUCAACAAUACUUUUACUUCAGUGCAAUUUUUCGCUACUGUAUCCACCUCUGCAGAGAUUAAUAACCAAGCCAACAAAAGGACAAUUUUACAAGCUCUGAACUUAUUCGUGGUUUUCAAAGGCCCCCUUCAGGUGAGGAAAACACUCCUCUAUACUGUAAAGCCCUGCUAGAGCUUCUCCUGGUACUAGGCCUACAAAUGCGUUCCUAACGUACAUAUUAAAGAAUUAACCUCUUACGCUUUUAGUUCAAACAGAACAUAACAUUUUAAUUAUAUAUGCUGUCAGUAGUUUAAUAACAUGCACUGAGCAUUCUGACUCAGAAUUGUCUUUGGUUGCUCAUUUAUUUUCAAUUUACUAGCUGCUGCUUUUGAACGUAUAUUGUAGUUAAUGUCCUCAAUUUUACCCCCUGGGUGAGUCAGAUACCACAGGGUCUGGACUUUGUGUAAUGCUUUGAUGAACAACGUACGGGGGAUAAUCUUCCUUGGAUACCUGGGUGACAGUGUGACCUUGAGCUGAUUUUUAUUCAGUGGAUUCUGUUGUGUCAUGAAAAUUCAAUGUGUUUCACUAUAUUCUCUUCAUUGCCCGGGUUCCUUCUGCAUAGGACAUUAUAGACGCCUACAAACCUGAAUGAUCAGACUGUGAUGGUCUGAUAUGAGUUCCGUUCAGUAGUCUUGACGUAAUGUUUUUUUUUCGUUGUAUUUAUUUUAGGUUUUUUUUUUUUUUAAUCUAGUAAUAAAUGUUGAGGGACUUUAACCUCUGAAAAGACAGCUCUAGCGUCACGUUUGAUGGUAUUCAUACUGCUUGGUGGUAUAACUACCUCACAAGUAGGCUACAGGUGAAUUUCUCAGUUACAAGCUGCGGUCUAACAGCAUGUUUUUACUCUUGGUAGUUUCGACUACGCACCUGGGAAUAGCCAAAUGAAUAGAAAGCUGCGAAUUAACUCAUUUCAGUGUAGUAGGAAAUCUUAUUUUAAGAGUCAAUCGGCAGCAACAAACAGUGAAGCAUGAUAAAUAUGGGUUAGGCUAUACAAACAGUAAAUGGAAAUGCGACCGGAUCCCUUGGAGGAAAUGAGUCGAGGGCGUGGCCUAAAUGCGGACAAGUUCGGGCAAAUUCCAUAAACAACGAAGAGGAGAAACGCUGAAAACGCGAGAUGGUUCAUGCUUCUUUAAUGCCUCUCAACCUGCUGACCACAUCUUACUCGUCGCCAUAAAUAAAGCAAUUUGGAUGUGAGGAGCUUCACGAACAUGUCAUACGACGCAUUUCCGUGAAUACUGCGUUUCUUGCCCUUCGCUCAUGGAGCGGGCGUUUGAGGACUGGGGCGACAUCAGCGACUCCGACCUCCUCUACUCCGCUGCACAAGUAGAGAAACAAGAGCCCUAUGAGUCGGUCACAUGUCAGAAAGAUGACACGAGGAAUAGUAAUCAAGUUACAGUCCCAGAGUCUUUGCAUAGGGCUUGCAAGACCGAGGAAAGAUCAGAGCAGAGUCCUUUUAAAAUGGACGAGGAGAGGGGCCUGAAGAGGAAGUGCCGUCCCGAGGGCGGUCGUAGGCGUCAGCUGCGCUUUUGGAAGCGCCACCUGAGCGUAACCACACUGUGUCAACAGGCUUGGUGUGAGAUGAAGCUUGAGUAUGACUUUCAAAAGCCUCACAUCAGGAGGGAGGAGCAGAAGCGUACCGAGGUGCAGACUGGCGCGACCAUUCACUUGGUCAGAGAGUUGGAAAUCCAAGAAGUCAUCUCCAUUAAUACCCAGAGUAGAGAAGAUUUUGUUGCCGUUGCACUUCUCAAUAUGUUGCACAUGAUUCCACUAUUAGAGGCAGGUGAGUGUGUGCGUGAGUUUCCAGUGUUUGGUGUCCUGGAAGGUGUGCAUGUAAUGGGUGUCAUUGACGAGUUGAGUUAUAACCUGAAGGGGGAGCUGGUGUUGAACGAGCUGAAGACCCGUAGGGACGACUCUCUGCCCAGAACUGCCCAGACGGAAUGCCACAACUUUCAGGUGGGCUUGUAUAAGCUUCUGUUUGACGCGAUGGUCCGAGGGGAGCUGAGGAGGGAGCACUUGGUGGACAACCCCCAGCUGUGUGGUUCUCGGGGACUCGGGGACGGAGUCCUCGCACACACCGCUAAAGCUGGGCUCCGGGUAGCAACCUUCGGUGAGAUGGUAGAUGCUUUCCUGCAGAGCCUGUCUGCCUCUGUACUCCCAUGCAUUGACCUCCUCCAGGUGGAAUACAGGCAUCAGGCCUCCUGUGGCCUCAUCGGGACAAGGGUGGCCUCCUUCGAUGCAACAAAGCUGCGGGCCGAUCUCCGGGACUACCUGGCCUACUGGAGAGGCCAGAGGGAGUCCAGGGGAGUGGAUAUAGAGGAGGCCUGGAAAUGCAGGUUUUGCCUUCACAGGGAGAUCUGUGCCUGGAGAAAGAGUGGAUACCAACUCCCUGACACUCCUCAUGCCAGUAAAAGAAGCAAAUUAACUGACACACCAUGAUUUGUUGUUUUGAGCUGUGCUCAUAUGCUAUGCUAAUAGCACUAGCGUAUGUUUAUGGUUUUUAAUUGUUUUAUAUAUCAUUUUUUUAAUCAAUAGUUCCCAUCUAUUUAUUUAUUUUUACUCUUAACAAGCAUAAUCAGUUAUGCCUGAACAAUUUUAAUUGUCCUUAGAUACUGCAUAUUUCUAGAUAAGAAGGGAUUAUAAGUGCAUGAUAACUCAGGUUAGGAACAGCAAAGGCAAAAAAGAAUAAAAUCAUAAUGAUCUUUGGAAGUUUAACUAAAAAUUAGUAAAAGUUUAAAAACUUUAUAAUCUUUUAAAAAAAAAGUAAAACAAAAAAACCCCAAAUAUACACACACACACAUAUAUUUUUAUAUGAAAUUGUCUCUGUGUCUAAUGACAGUAGCAAAAGCUUCUUAAAAAAUGAACUCUCACUUAUCUAAUAUGAGUGUGAAAUAAUGUGUGUUAUAGAUGACUGACUUUUAUUAUUUUAUGAUGAUAUACUUUGUAAUAUGCUACACUACUGUUUUUACGUAAAAGACUUCAUAAUGAUCUGUUUAUGGUGCUUCUUAUGAUUCAAAUAACACUUUACAAUGAUCAGCAUUCCAGAAUAUAACUGUGAAAUAAUGUGCUAAAAAUCAAAAAGAAAUGUAUGCUAUGGAUUGUUUGUUCUUCUUUUAAAAAAUUCAAAUCUAUAUUCCUUUAGGACAUUUCUUUGUUUUCACUAUUUAUGUGUUAGUACUGGGCCAAUGUUAUCCUUUAGAUGGGGCUAAUGUUUUUGUUUAGGUUUUUCCCUACAUAUAACUCUUUGACAAAUAAGAUGCUGUGAUAUUACACAACCCACAGCAUUCCUGCCUUCUGAGAUGACUACAUAUGGGUUCAUUAUUGUAUCUAUCCCUGUAGAAUUAUGUCUUUGGAAAGGUUCUCAAAAUUGAUUUUGUGUGACAUUUACUGCUAACAUUAAAUUCCUCUUAAACAAUAA